AUGGAUUUUCGUUUUGUCAUCAAAACGAUGAUGGCCGAUCAUCCGUUGCAAGUGUUGAUUGUCUUCACAGUAUCUUACUGGAUCUGCAUGUCAUGGAUGUUCACGCAAUGCGAACGUUAUGAUGGGAAAUUGGACGUGGAGCACUACUAUCUCAACUCGAUGUGGUUCAUUAUGGUGACAUUCAUGUCAAUCGGUUACGGUGACAUCGUACCGAAUACAUAUUGUGGGCGGACCUUGUCUAUCACGACAGGAAUUGUGGUAAGAAAUAUCAAAAUAGAUAAAAAAGAAACAAAAAGGAAACGUUCUGAGUAA